CCACCUCCCACAACGAGUCAAUCGUCUCCCCAUAAUCCCAUCCCAGUCUCCUGCUCCCGUCGUAGACUCGUACAAGAUGGAGGGGUGUGAACGGAUCAGAGGGCCGUGGAGCCCGGAGGAGGACGGCGCGCUGCGGCAGCUGGUGGAGCACCACGGCGCGCGCAACUGGACGGCCAUCGGCCGCGGGGUGCCCGGACGCUCUGGCAAGUCCUGCCGCCUACGGUGGUGCAACCAGCUCUCGCCGGGGGUGGAGCGCAGGCCGUUCACGGCCGACGAGGACGCCGCCAUCGCCCGCGCCCAUGCCCGCCUCGGCAACCGCUGGGCCGCCAUCGCCCGCCUCCUCCGCGGCCGUACCGACAACGCCGUCAAGAACCACUGGAACUGCUCCCUUAAGCGCAGGCUCGGCGACCUUGGUGCUGACGGAGUCGCCGAGGGUGACCAGGAGGAGCGGCCGUGCAAGCGCGCCAGCUUCACGCCGGAGAGCACGUCCGGUUCGGGGUCGGGGUCUGGAUCCGGGUCCGACCGCAGCGACCUCAGCCAUGGCGGCGUGUUUGCGCUCGGACAGGUUUACCGGCCGGUCGCGCGUGCCGGCGGGUUCGAGCCGGCCGACUGCGCCAUGAGCCAGCGACACGAGGAGGAGGAGCAGGAGGACCCAUUCACGUCGCUCUCGCUCUCCCUCCCCGGCACGGAUGCCCACGCGUUCCACCACGACAUUUCCACCAGCCGUUUCCACGAGCCGUCUCCCUCCCCGUCGCCGCCGCCCGCUCCGGCGUCCGCCACCGCGCCGCCGGCGUCGUCAUACCCGUUCAGCCCCGAGUUCGCGGCGCUGAUGCAGGAGAUGAUCCGUGACGAGGUGUGCAGGUACAUCUCAGGCGUCAGCUGCGGCGCCAACCUGCCGUCCAUGCCGCAGCUGGUGAAUGGCGUGAUGCGCGCGGCGGCGGAGCGCGCCGGCGGGGUCUCAAUGAUGCGGUGACUGAUGAUUAAUCGAUUCGACCAGGUCGAGCAGAUGGCUGGCUCGCCUCGACCAAUCACUCUAGGACAGGCGAGUCUGAACUGAAUUUAGAAUUAGCAAUGGGAGAAAGAAGAACUAGGCAAAGCUAAUGAUUUGCUUCUUUCUGUACAUACAAACAAAUGAAGUGGAAAGAAACUU